UAUAUGGUUUGGCAUGGGGACAGAAUUUGUUUAGAAUUGGAGAGUUAUAUUUAUGUCUUCAAAGUAGCUAGUUUUUGAAAUGUGAACAGCCAUGGCUACCAAGCUCCAAAGGCUUCAGAGGGGACAACAUUUCUUGGGCAGGACACUAUUCACUGCUGCAGUAGCGCCUAGGCUGGUGAAAUUCAACACUGUAGAAGUGGUCUCCUCCCCUAGCCUCUCUGAGAUUAGGAAGUUCUUCAAGGACAGUGGAUGCCAAGUUUCAACAGGCUACACAUGCCUCAAGUUGACAUGUCCCUACUGUGUAGACCCAGAGGCAGAGUCAGAGCGAGGUGCCAAAUCAAAAGAGAAGCAACUCUUUGUUAAUAUGACCACAGGUCACUGCCAAUGUCAGUGCAGCCGAGUGUGUAGUUCCUGGUCCAACCUUACGGACAGCCUGGCCAUCGCCAAGAGACAGACCAAGAAGAAGAAGAGUGCCCCCAAGCUACCCAAAGAGCAGUCAUGUGAUCAGGAGUGGAGGUCAGAGGUCAAAAAUGCUGAGGAAUUGUGGGAGAAGGGCUCAAGUCUGAGCGAGCUACGGAGCGACUCUUUGCGGAAGUUGAAGGACAGAUUUGGGGCAGGGUCGCUCUCCACAGAAACCUUCGAUAGAUUCUGUGCCAGAACGGACGCAAAACGAAAAACGCUGUUAUUGCCACAGUAUGGACCUGAGUCUCAACACAGAGGAACAAGUAUGGUUGAGACGUGUAAACAGGACCCCGAUGAGCCUGAAGACUCUCAUUUAAACCGGGUACAAUCUACUGUCAUUCCGAGGGAUUUUUCUCCUGGACUGUUUGGAUUCCACCUCGUCCAGCCUCAGCACACAGAGAUCAUCCUCACGGCCAAUGAACUGGAUGCUAUGGCGGUCAGCGAGGUGAUCGGUCAGUCAGCCCUGGCCCUCCCCAGGGGUACGGCCUAUCUUCCACAAGAGGUUUUGCCGCUCCUGGAGCAAUUCCAGAAGAUUGUGCUCUGGUUUGGCAAUGACAUGAGGUCAUGGGAAGCAGCAAAAAGUUUUGCAAGAAAACUAAACCUCAAGAGGUGCUAUUUCAUCAGACCGCUUGACGCCCAUCCUGGUCCCCUACAGGCCCUAACCAAGGGUCUGAGUCUCAAGACUAUCCUCCGACAAGCCACGCCCAUGAGCCACAAGUCGAUCGUCUCCUUCCGUGCUCUCAGGGAUGAGGUUCUUGGAGAACUAUCCCAUGCGGAACAGGUUGCCGGGGUCAAGUGGAAGCGAUACCCGCUUCUCAACAAGCACAUGAAAGGUCACAGACGGGGCGAGCUGACCGUCUUCACCGGUCCUACGGGGUCAGGCAAGACCACCUUCAUGGCGGAGUAUUCCCUGGAUCUCUGCAUGCAAGGAGUGAAUACACUUUGGGGGAGCUUUGAGAUCCAGAAUGUACGUCUUGCCAAAAUCAUGUUAACUCAGUUCUCAAUGUGCAAUUUAGAGAAGAACAUUGACAAAUUUGAUCGGUGGGCUGAUAAGUUUGAGCUGCUCCCCUUGCACUUCAUGACGUUCCAUGGCCAGCAGUCCCUCAAGACUGUUAUUGAUGCCAUGGCCCAUUCUGUCUACGUCCACGACAUCGAGCAUGUCAUCCUCGACAACCUCCAAUUCAUGGUCGGUGUGUCCGAGCGCCAGCUAUCCGUCGACCGCUUCGCAAUCUACGACAACCUCAUUGCAGCAUUCAGGAAGUUUGCUACGGAGAACAGCUGCCAUGUUUCCGUGGUGAUACACCCAAGGAAGGAGAAGGAAUCUGAUGAACUUCAAACAGCGUCCAUCUUUGGAAGUGCCAAGGCGAGCCAGGAGGCUGAUAAUGUCCUCAUCUUACAAGACCGUCGUAUGACUGCCCUCAAAGGCCGAAAAUACAUCCAGGUGGUCAAGAAUCGUUUUGAUGGUGACCUGGGUAUCAUUCCAUUGACCUUCAACAAAGAAACACUGACCAUGUCGCCACCGGUCAAGCAGAAAGCCAAACGUCCGACCAAGAAAGAAAAGGAGGGAGAGGAUGCGGAGAAGAAGACGGAUGGAGACGAGUAUGAACUGUUUGAGGGUAUGAUGCUCAAGAGUAAAAGUGAGACUGAAAUUGGAAUCGGCGAGUGAAACCGGCCCCUUGUGUCAGUGCUUGGUCGAUGUGGCAUUGGGCGGUGUAUUUUUGGCCCUGGUUUGCACGAUGAACUGAUUUUACGUUCUGCUGAAGAGUAAGAACUAGGAUGAAAUUGGAAUCGGCGAGUGAAACCGGCCCCUUGUUUCAUUUUUUGCUCAAGAUGGCACUGAUCAUGAACUCUGUAUUGCUGGCCCAAGUUGCACAAGGAACAUUCAAGGGACGGUAGGAUGCUAAAGAGUAAGAGUUUGGAUGAUCUUCAAGUUUAACUGGACAGGUGUAUUGAACUCUGUAUUUUUGGCCCUGGUUUGCAAGAUGAACUGAUUUUCGUUCUGCUGAAGAGUAAGAACUAGGAUGAAAUAGGGAUUGGAGAGUGAAACCGGGACCUUGCGUCAAUGUUAAGGCAAUUUGGCAAUGGACGGUGUAUUGUUGGCCCUGGUUUGCAAGAUGAUCUGAUUUUUGUAUAGAACUGAUUUUUGUUAUGCUGAAGAGUUAGAACUCAUUUAGAACUCAGAUGAAAUUGAGAUCGGCGAGCGAGAUGGGUCCUAAUUGGUCCUAAUUGUCACAGUAUAUUCAGUAAGUGUGGCCCGGAUUGCAGAAGGAACUGUUGCAGAAUGUGCUGAUCAAGAGUAAGGAUGAGGAUGAAACUGGGAUGGCCUAGUGAAAGUUUGUAAAACUUGGUCCAGGUCCUGUUAUGUAUUAAAUAUGGUACUGUACUUAUAAUCACAGGCCUAGGUUGCACACGAUCACUUGUAUGAACAAAACGUCCUUGCUCAAAUUAGUCUCUUGAGCUACCUGAUGAACCCUGCCCCAACAAAAAAGAAAGAAAGAAUGUUGACCGAUGUUUAUUAUUGGAAUCCAAGCGAGUGGGAGAGUGCGCUUUAAGCCAUCAGUUCAUUUAUUUGUCAUGUGUACAUUGAACCAUUGAAUACUUAACCAAAGAUAAGAAGAAGAAGAAGGAGAAGGAGGAGAAGAAAAAGAA